AUGUCGCAUUUCUCAACAAAGUCAAUCCACGGUGGCGAUCACGUCAAACCAACCAACGACGUGAUCUCACCAAUUCACAUCACAACCACAUACAGCUACUCCUCCAACCCCGACGAAUUGGUCCCUGGGGGCUUGACUGAUCCCACUACGCUUGUAUAUUCUCGUGAGAACCACCCCAAUGCAGCACAAGUGGAAGCCAUUGUCGAGGCCAUCACUGGGUACCCCGCUGUCGUUUACAACUCGGGCUUGUCUGCAUUCAAUGGAUUGAUCACCCACGUCAACCCGAAAACUGUUGCUAUUGGGCAAGCGUACCACGGAUGUCAUGGAAUUGUUGAUAUUUGGAAGCGUAAUUAUGGAACUAAGGAAAUUGAUAUCGACCAAGGGGACUAUUCGUCUAUUGGUGCUGGCGACUUGGUGCAUUUGGAAACACCCGUGAAUCCAUAUGGAACGUACUUUGAUAUCACAAAGUAUGCCAAAAAAGCGCAUGAUCAAGGUGCGUUGCUAUCUGUCGAUGCGACCUUUGCUCCACCACCUUUAUUGAACCCAUUUGAAUUUGGUGCAGAUAUAGUUAUGCAUUCCGCUACAAAAUUCUUUGGUGGUCACUCUGACUUAUUAGCUGGGUUGUUGUUGAUCAAGGACCAAGCUACAAAGGAGAAGUUGCUCUUGGAUCGAUUGGUCCUUGGUACAAACAUUGCUAAUUUGGAGAGUGCAUUAUUGGUUAGAAGCUUGAGAACUUUUGAAUUACGUGUUGCAAGACAAGCUAAAUCCGCUGAAGCUAUUGUCAAGUUUCUUGAUGACCAUAAAUCUGAUUUCCCGCAGUUGGAUAAGAUUUACCAUGGUUCAUUGCAAACUGACGAGUUUAUUGCCAAGCAGUACCCCAAUGGUCACUCACCUGUGUUUUCCAUUGAGUUGGAUACUGAAUUACACGCAAAAUCGUUCCCAUCUAAGUUGAAGUUGUUCCACCAUGCUACUAGUCUUGGAGGUGCAGAAAGUUUGAUUGAAUGGAGAGCAAUGAGUGAUGACCAUAUUAGUAAGAAAUUGUUACGGUUAUCAAUUGGAUUGGAGGAUCCUCGUGAUUUGUUGAUUGAUUUGGUAAAUGGGUUAUCUAGUGAUGGUGGUGCAGAUUCGUUGGUUGAAGAGAUCAAAAAAUUGAGUGUAUAG